AGGUCUGAGUGAGGCGCAGUGCAGCGCUGGCCGCGGCCGGCAGGGGGCGGCAGCGGCAGGAAGAUGGCCUUAUUGGCGCUUCCGGUGGCGGAGCUUCCUUCUUUCUGUUUGUGCCCCGAGAAGAGACGCUGUGAGACAUGGCUCCUCGUAAAGGGAAGGAGAAGAAGGAGGAGCAGGUGAUCAGCCUGGGUCCUCAGGUGGCUGAGGGGGAGAACGUGUUCGGCGUCUGCCACAUCUUCGCCUCCUUCAACGACACCUUCGUCCACGUCACCGACCUCUCCGGGAAGGAGACCAUCUGCCGCGUGACGGGGGGGAUGAAGGUGAAGGCCGACAGGGACGAGUCGUCUCCGUACGCCGCCAUGUUGGCGGCGCAGGACGUGGCUCAGCGCUGCAAGGAGCUGGGCAUCACGGCGCUGCACAUCAAGCUGAGGGCCACCGGAGGCAACAGGACAAAGACUCCCGGACCCGGGGCCCAGUCGGCGCUGAGAGCUCUGGCUCGGUCCGGCAUGAAGAUCGGACGCAUCGAGGACGUCACUCCCAUCCCGUCGGACUCCACCAGGAGGAAGGGCGGCCGCCGCGGCCGACGUCUGUAGACCUGACCUUUCACAAUAAAAGCUUCAAGUUGAGACCAA